CUUUCUUUAUUAGUAGAACAGAUUUUGUUCGCGAACCGAGGUACCACUGUACUAGAAUUCAUGCACCAAAGCAAGCUGGCCGGGUUGAGCCUCACCCUUCCUACUCUAGGUGAAAUGUAAUUUUGCAAGCACUCUGCCCAUCUUUCUAUCAGCAGGAGGGAUGUGCUUCCGCAAGAAAGAUACGCUCAACCCCAGGCUUUCUUCCUGCUGUAGACAAAUGACUUGAGUUAUUUGCUCUAUCUAUACAUGAACAGAACACAGGGAAAAGGGGCUGAAUCUGUGGCACGGAGCUCUGCAGUGGGAGGAAUUUGGUGUGUUUCCUUCACCAACAGAUUCCCCAGUUACUUUAAAGAAAGCAGUUAAAUUUCACCACCUAAUUGGGUUAAACCAAUCCUUGCCAGAAGGGAGGAGCUCCUGUUGCAGCUAGUGGAAUAUGAAAAACAGCAGGCAGAUAAGGAGCAACUGUAAACGGGAGAAGAAAGCAUUGCUUUACCUGCCGCACAACUGAAGCUGAGAGCCUUUCCUCUAACCAGCUGCAGGUUUCAGCCAUGUGGCUCUACCUGGCUGCCCUGCUGGGGCUUUACUUCCUUCGCCGAUGGUACAAGGAGAGACAGACGGUGGAGAACCUGACGGAGAAAUAUGUCUUCAUCACGGGGUGUGACUCUGGCUUUGGAAACCUACUUGCCAGGCAGCUGGAUGCCCGGGGCCUGCGGGUGCUGGCAGCCUGUCUCACGCAGAAGGGGGCAGAGCAGCUGGACAAGGCCACCUCAGAGCGCUUGAAAAUCACCAUUCUGGAUGUCACCAGCACAGAGAGUGUGGCGGCAGUGAUGGAGUGGGUGAAAGGGUGCAUUGGGAACAAAGGGCUCUGGGGCUUCGUGAACAAUGCGGGUAUGGGGAUCCCAACAGGUCCCAAUGAAUGGCUGACCAAAGAUGACUUUGCAAAGGUGAUCAAUGUCAACCUUCUUGGGAUGAUUGAUGUGACGCUACAUAUGGUGCCUCUGGUGAGGAGAGCCAGAGGGAGGGUGGUCAACGUGUGCAGUACGAUGGGACGCCUGGCCUGCUUUGGAGGUGGUUACUGCCCAUCCAAGUUUGGUGCGGAAGCAUUCUCUGACACCCUGAGGAGAGAGCUCCAUCCUUUUGGAGUCCAAGUCAGCAUAAUUGAACCUGGUGGUUUCAAAACACCUAUUGUCUCAAAUGCACUAGAAAAUUUUCAGACUGUAUGGAGCCAGGUACCUUCUGACAUCAGAGACUGUUAUGGGCAGCAGUACUUUGAGCAAUGUUGCAAAUCGUUCCAACAACUCCUUGAUGGUUGCAGCGACAAGCUUCACCUGGUCACCGACUGCAUAGAACAUGCCCUGACAUCCUGCUCCCCUCGCACUCGCUACUCUCCAGGCUGGGAUGCAAAGCUCUUCUACCUUCCUGUCUCUUACUUGCCAACCACGAUUGCAGACUAUGUGUUGACCCGCUCUGGGCCCAAACCAGCACAAGCCAUGUAGAUGAUUGUGAAGAACAAUAUGACAGGUGGCCAAACAAUCUAUGGAUGGAACAUUGAAUCUUUUAGGAUCUUAUUGAGAUGCAGGCUUAGUAAUCAGUAGCUGUAAAGAGAAAUAGUUUUAUUUUUAUUUUUUUACUGAUGAUUGGCUGAUGCAGCUUAGGCUCAAUACUUUGCUACCCAUUUAUCUACGAAUAAGCCCCAUUGAACUCAAUGCCACCUACUGUAAGACUGAGUGGCCAGACACUUUCUGCCACACCUUUACCUUACUCUCCAGCCAAGUGGUCUUGAAGGAGUUAUAAGUGGUGUAAAAAGAUAAAACAUCUUCUUUCAUUCCCCACUUAUCUGGUUCUAAGGAGGUUUAUUUGGAAUCAUUCUUGCAAAGUUUGGAAUUGACUUAGAACCAGCUGUAAAGAACCAAACAGGGACUCUUCACUUUAGUCUCCUUUCCCCACAAAAAUCCUGGGAACUGCGGUAUAAGGAUUCUGGGGUAACCUGUAGUUCCUUGGAGUGAGGGAAAGAUGUGCUCCCCACAAACCAACUGGAAUGAAUGCUCAAGUAAAGCUGGUUAUAAUCUGAACUAUGUGUAAGCUUUGUGCAGGUAAAGUAGGUCACCUGGAGGCCAACAGACAGUCCCAACAUUCCUCUGUUUCAGCAAUUGCUGGGACAUGUCUGCAGUACACAAACUCAGGCAACUUUAGACCCAAAGCCGCAGGGCUAAGCAGCAAAAUCUGAGUUUAUAAAACUUGAAGGAGCAGCGCAUGGGUGUUGCACAAGCACUGGUGUCAUCAGUUUAUCAACCUGGUGGUCUUUCUGCAGGGCCUAUACACCCCCCCCCCCAAUUCUCCCUUCACCAUGAAUCUUCUGGUUAUCCUUCCCCCAUCCUUGAAACAUACCUAGAUCAGUACUAAGCAAGAAAGAACAGUGAUCUUCACCACUCCUUUCAGUUCAGAAUGGUUUCAGCACUCCAAGUUAAUAAUAUCCACACUAUGUAAACCAUAAGCGAACUGACACACAGCUAUCCCUCUGAAUAUGCAACUCGCCAAAAUUUCGCAAUGCAGUCUGGAAGCACCAGAAAGUUCUUUUCUUUGGCAUCCAAAAUAGUUCCAGAUGUUCCUCCUUUGAUUUAGCUAUCAUAGAGAGGAUGCUCAGAAGAUUAAAUUUGCCUCCUGUGUUGCUACAGAUCCAGCUUUUCAUUUGUUUGUUUCUCUCACACAGGUUGCAAAUCAUGUGUGGAGUCUGUCUCUAUUUACGCACCAGAAUUCAUGCACCAAAGCAAGGCCAGGUCCAGCCUCACCGUUCCACACACACACACACACACACACACACACA